CACGAUCGCAUUACCCGUCUCGACAGCAGUAGAUCGGAUGAGCCGCAUACAGAGCGUGUAACCAGGUUGACUAGGGCGGUCACAGACGAGCGAGUAAUCAGGAUUUCCAUAACCGCUUUUCAAAAGCAGUAGAGAGGAGCUGCCUAUGUCGCACGCAGACUGGAGCAGUUGUUGGUCGCACACGGAGCGGCACUUUUGGACUAAAGAGAUUUGAAGAAAACCAAUGAGCCAAGUCAAUGGCAGAUAUCCUUCCCUUGGGGUUACUGGAAAUAUGUGUUGUUGUUGGUGCUUCCAAGGAGAGACUGAAAGAAGCUUAUCAGGUUGCCCAGAAUGGAGAUACAGCUAAAGUCCCAUCAUUAGAACCUGAGGUUUUGUCAGUUUUUCUACCUCCGUUUGUCACAAAAGAAGAUAACACAUCUGUACAUGUUAAUCAGAAUGCCUUUAACAGAAAUCAAACGCGACACUCGUUUAAGACAAAUAAGAAGGACAAACCGUCAUCUAUAACAGCCAGUACAAACACUGACCAUAAGGAGCCAGUAACAGAAGAUGCAAGUGUUCCAAAGGACAUCGAUCUUCUUGGACUGCCCCAGUUAUGCUUUCCAGGUGGCUUGUACAUAUCUCGUGAACUACAGGAGGACCAUUUUCACUUCCUUGUGCUUACUGAUGUUAUCGGGAAUAGGACAUAUGGCAUUGUGGCACAGUGUUACAGAUCUCUAAAGGAAGGAUAUUAUCUACCAAAUGGACAGCUGAGCUGGAAUUCAUCACAGACUGCCAAAGUUUAUGGACCAUAUGCACCUGUUGCUGUUUGUGUAAUAUCAAAAUUUCCAUACUACAAUGCUUUCAAAGAUUUCCUUUCCUGCUUGUUACUGCAGUUGAAGUCCUGUAAAGACUUUGACCUUGAUGAUCAAGUAAAAAAAUUUGCAGCCAGAUUAUCUUUGAUACCGUGCCCUCCUCCUGGACCACUACAUUUGGUAAUUCAUAUGAAACCACUAGAAAUCAUGCUACCACCCAGAGAAGACUUGGGAAGUCCUAUUGUUGAUUUGGAUCUGCACCUUCCGUUCCUCUGUUUCAAGCCUGAACAGGUGUUACAGAUUAUAACAUGCAUUUUAACAGAGCAGCGGAUUGUAUUAUUCUCAUCGGACUGGGCUUUGCUAACAAUAGUUGCUGAGUGUUUCAUGCUGUACCUGCAUCCACUUCAGUGGCAACACACAUUCGUGCCCAUCUUAUCUAGUCAGAUGUUAGAUUUUGUGAUGGCGCCAACAUCUUUCUUAAUGGGAUGCCAUAUUGAUCAUUUCAGAGAAGUUGAUGAGAAGGGUGAAGACUUGGUUCUAAUCAAUAUUGACAGUGGUGAAAUAGGAUUUUCAGAAUCAGGGACUGGUGCUGAAAUUCCAGAUGUUCCAUCAGAUGCAGCUGUGGUGUUUUUAAGCAGGAUAGAAAGUCUGCCAAUGCAUUAUGAUCUAGAAAAGUCACAUCUAAGCUCCAGCACCACCCUGGCAGAUGCAAGAAUGAGGAGAAUAGUGUGGCAACAGCACCUAAACUGGGAAAUUCAACAGAUUACAUUGCAGCUGAUUGUUAAUAUCUUCAGAGACGUUCUUGAUCAUCUUAAUUAUGAAUACCGUGUGUUCAACAGUGAAGAAUUUAUCAAAACCAGAAGCCAAAAAGAUCAGCCAUUUUACAGAAAGGUGCUGGAGUCAUAUAUUUUUCACUCUUUUCUGAAAGCACGACUUAGCAAAAGAAUGGAUGCCUUCUCAAGAAUGGAGAUGAAUACUCAGUCUGAGAUGCAAAGAAUGAAGCAGAUGCUGGAUAGCCCUCGGCGUCCAACGAUGGAAGAGAUGAUAGCAUGGAAGCAAAUUCGGCCUGACUUAAGGUCAAGUAGAAGGAUGGUCAGAAGUUUACCUAAUCUUCACGAUGACCGUAUCCAAGAAUUCAGAUUCAAACAAUUAUCUCUAAGAAAAUCUCAACCUGAAACUGUGGUGAGGCUACCAAGUAAAUCUGUUUAUACAUUUUUGCUACCAGAAGUUCACUCUGCAUUAAAUUACCGCUCCAUACAGUUAUACUAUGCAGAGUUUGUUAGUCUUCUGAGCAAAUCUGUAUCUUCUAUUCCACCAGAGAACUCAGGUUUGCUGGCAAGGUAUUACUAUCUUCGUGGACUUAUGUAUAUGAUGCAGGGUAAGCGACUAGAGGCAUUGUUUGACUUUCAGCAUCUAUACAAGACAGAUGUUGGCAUUUUCCCUGCUGAUCUUGUAAAAAAGGUGGUGGAUUCCAUGACAUCUGAAGAACGUUUCAAUGCAGAAAGAAAGCCUGAACUUAAACGACUAAUAAGUCAGGUGAAAGAAGAUCAUAUAGCUGGAACAAAGAUAGAUGAUCAUGUCAAAAACUUUGUGUUGCCACAAAAACACAUGCAUCUUGAGGAUUUUGUAAAACGAAUUCAAGAAUCUGGAAUUGUUAAGGACAUUCAAACCAUCCACCGAUUGUUUGAGGCUUUGACUGUGGGAAGAAGUGAAUGUGAUUGUCAAGGCACGGAUAUACAACACAGCGAUCCAGAUUCAAAUUCUGUGUUUUAUGUUUCACAUCAGCAAAGUGGGCAACAAAAACAGAUUGAUCCUGAAACAUUUAAAGGUUUCUAUACAUAUUGGAAAAAAACAGAAGAGCAGGCUCAAGAUGUCGACCUUCCUCCAGAAGUUAUAGAGCAUCUGGAUAAAAAUGAAUCUGUGUACAAGGUGUCUUCUCCAGUAAAAACAAACUAUGAGGUUGGCAGGAUUGCAAUGACACAAAAACGCCUUUUCUUGCUGACAGAAGGAAGACCAGGAUACAAAGAUAUUGCUAAAUUCAGAGACAUAGAGGAUGUAAAAGCAACAUCAGUAAAUAUUUUGUUCCUGAGAAUUCCGACCUUGCAAAUCAAAUCCAUUUCCAAGAAGGAUGUGUUUGAAGCCAACUUAAAAUCUGAAUGUGAUCUUUGGCACCAGAUAGUAAAGGAAAUGUGGGCCGGGAGAAAAAUGUCAGAUGAUCACAAGGACCCUCAGUAUAUCCAACAAGCCCUGACAAAUGUUCUGCUCAUGGAUGCUGUGGUUGGUUGUUUCCAGUCACCAAAAGCCAUUUAUGCUGCAACAAAGCUCUCAUAUUUUGAUAGGAUGAAGAAUGAAGUGCAAGAAAUUGUUCCAAAAACAACAGCUGAAACGUUAAAGCACAAGAUUAAUCCAUCCUUUGGACAGACCAUUCCCCAGGCUGUGGAUGUCCUGCUCUGCACUCCAGGUUACCUUAACGCUUCAGAAAAAGAUGAAGGUGCUCACUCCAAGUUGUGGUGUGGUCUGAGGGAUGGCAAAGUUGUUGUCUUUGAUGCAGCAACCUGGUCUUUUGUUCAGCAUUCAAUUCAAGUUAGCAGCUCAAAGUUGAAUUGUAUGUUAGGAAUUGAGCAGACCCAAGUGUGGGUUGGUUCACAAGACUUCGUUAUCUAUAUCAUAAACACCUGCAGCAUGUCUUGUAACAAACAGCUGACUGAUCACCGAAGUGAAGUCAUGGAUCUCACCAUCGAUGAGAAGACCUCCAAAAACAGCCAAAGACAGGCUUAUUCGUGCAGUUUGGAUGGCACAGUUAUCAUCUGGGAUGUCAGCACUCUUAAAGUCAAGCACCAUUUUCAAGUGCCUUGCAAAAAGAUGUCUUCUUUCAAGCUCUACAACAACAUGCUUUGGUGCUGUACUGGAGACUCUCUAGUAGAAGUGAGAAGAAAUGGGAUUCCCUGCAGAACUGUUAAACUUUCUGACAAUUUGAAGGACAGUAUUUCCACUUUCAGCUGCUUUCUUCUUGUUUCUGGGAAGGAUCAGCUCUGGGUUGCAAGUGCAGACAAGGCAGAGCUCUACAUCUGGAACCUCAAAAGUCAUACCCUACCACCUCAGAAGCUGUCACUUCAAGACUGUCAUGGGAUCCACUGCAUGAUCAAAGUGAAAAGUCAGGUCUGGGUUGGCUGCACAGGAAUAUCGCAAGGAAAACUUAAAGGAAAAAUCUAUGUGGUAGACAUGGAGAAGUACAGUGUGGAAAAAGAACUUGUAGCACACUUGGAUACAGUCACUUCGCUGUGUUCUGCAGAAGACAGAUAUGUUCUUAGUGGAUCGGGCAAAGAGGAUGGUAAAAUUGCCAUCUGGAAGGUGGAAUAGUGCUCACAAUUUAUAUAGCAACAUGACAAGUGCAGAUCAGGCUGACUGCAAACACUAGUGCCUUGUACAACUGCAGGUGUAUGCACCAGCACUUUUGGAGAAGUGUGUGAACUUUGACACAUCACAUUUCUUCAAGGCCUCAGGUUUUACUUUCCAGUGCCUUUUUUCUUAAAAAAAAUGAAUAUCAAGAUUAUGUCAAGUUUCUCUACCAUUUCUGUUUUAAAUCUCAAAAGGUUCUUAAGCAUAGAGGCAGCAUGGUGGUGCAUGGUUAACAUUGCUACCUGACAUCACCUGGUACUCUAGUUAGGUUCACGGCUGAGGUACCUUCUGCCACAGAGCCUACAUGUCCUUUAUGUGCCUAUACGGAUUUGUGCUUGGGGCUCCAGUUACCUCCCACAUCACAAGGAAUACCAGUAUGAGCUGCCCAUAGAUACAUGCGCAGUAUUGAUCUGCAUCCUCUGAUGGACUGGUUUUCUGUCCAGCAUUUGUUUACUGCCUUACAUCUUUUGAUUGGCAGGAUAGACUGUACCUCCCAGAGAAUGCUGAACAGGGUAAAGUGGGUAUGCAAAAAGGAGUAAAUGGAUGAAUGUAACUUUAAGAGAUAUAUAAAAAUUAUGAUGGUUUGUUUCUGUUAAACAAAUUGUCUGAUAUAGUCUGAAGGGACUUUAACAAAGCUGGUUGUACAGCUGAGAAGUUGCUUUUGCUUUAUAUUUUUCAUUAUUAUGUAAAAGAUAUUUUUUCAUUGACACUAUAACAACAAAAUGCAUUGGGUCUAUCCCUUUAGUUACUUGCUUGAUCCACUGUGCUAUGGAUUAGGAAUGCUUACAGAUGCACACACUAGGUAAUGUUAAAAUAUACACCUAUAUGAUAACAUCUGUAACCUGUUUGCACUUAUCUGCCCAAUGGUAUGACUCCUUUACUCAUUGUAGGCUGUAAAACAAUCUGUAUUCUGGAUUUUUUUAAAGAAACAAUUUAGACUAGUCCUCAUAUUUAUUGUAGUAUAUAUUCGAAGUUAUUCUCACAAACACACACACAGACACACACACACUAAUUUCUGUAGCAUUGCCUGUUUCGCAUAACCACAGGUUGUUUUCACCUUUCAUAUGAAUAAAACACUGUCAUUAUCAUUGAUCUCCACAAAAACAACAUCCAACGAACCAAACGCUGAAGAAACAGACUUCCUCUUGCACAGCCCAAGAAAUACCUCGUGCUCGUUAAAAAGUGGUUUUAUUCACAAAUUAUUUAAAGAAAAACAAUGAUAAAAUAAGCACUUUUUUGUUUUACAAUGAAAAACGUCUUCAGUGUUUUGUUUAUUAUCAAUAAUCUGUUCAGUCCUAUUUACUCAAAUCAAUAGCUCCUCAGUUCUGAGAAAUCCAUAGCUCUUAACCUUCCAUUUCAAAACUGGGGAAACACUACCUCUCACAGUGUGGAACACGUGCAAAAUGUGGAACUCUUGCUAACUACGUCAACUAGGAAACUCAGCAUGGUUUAGAACUGUUUUUUUUUCACAUUUAACAAAAGUUCUGAUGAUUAAUUAGUAUGAUUCAGUGUUAUUUACUACUGUUAUUUCUUAUAAAAAAAUUCUUAACUA